UUCGCAAAUGAAUUAAUUUCAAAAUGGCAACCUCUGGAACUGACGAAACUGUGGAUUUACUCGCUUUUGUUGAAGAUGCUGGUGGAGGAGGGACUUCUCUAUGGGAUCCAGGGUUAAGCAGUGACUGGGAUAAGGAGAAAUCCUCCAACCAAUGUAUCCUCAGAAUUAAACGUGAUAUUAUGACCAUUUACAAUGAACCACCACCAGGGAUGUGCAUUGUUCCAGACAAAGAUGAUAUCACAAAAAUUCAUGCUUUGAUAACUGGCCCCUUUGAUACACCAUAUGAAGGUGGUUACUUUUAUUUUCUGAUACGAUGCCCACCGGACUAUCCGAUUCGACCACCUAGAGUCAAGCUACAGACCACUGGAGAUGGAAAAGUCCGAUUCAAUCCAAACCUCUAUAAGAAUGGGAAAGUUUGUCUCAGUAUAAUAGGUACAUGGUCAGGACCUGCCUGGAGCCCGGCACAAAGCCUUUCCAGUGUGCUUAUCUCCAUACAGUCAUUAUUAAAUGAAAAACCAUACCACAAUGAACCAGGCUUUCAAACAGAGAGAAAUGCUGGAGAUGCUAAACGUUACAAUGAUAUAAUACGUCAUGAGACCUUACGUGUUGCUGUCUGUGAUAUGUUGGAGAGAAGAUGUAACUGUCCAGAAGCUUUGAGAGAGGUGAUGGAGAAGUCUUUCCCAGAUUACUAUGAUUAUUAUGAGAGUAUAUGUAAGAACAACAUACAUCAACAGGGAGAGGCUAUGCAGGACCCAUUUGGUGAAAAACGAGGGCAGUUUGAUUUUGAAUCAAUACUAAAAAGACUUGAAAAAAUCAAAACUACAUUAAGUGAAAAACAAAUUGUAAGCUCGGAGGACGAAUCUUCUGAUACAGACAUGGAGACGACAUCGAGUGAAAGAUGACGACAACUUCAAUCAUAGGUGCAAUCUUAUAAUGGUCCUUAGAUGUGAUGUCAACAUUUUAUUAUCGCAAUUUCUUUUUUUUUGUCUUUAAUUAAACCAGUUUGUCUUGUAAAUAUAUAUUGAAUGUUAGACUAUCUAAUGAAAUUGUGCUUCAAAUUUGUAUAAAUCCCUGGAGGAUUUAUUUUGGAAAGUGCUUGUUCUUUGAAUCUGUAUGAAAUGUGUGUUAUUUUGUGUAUCAUAGGACCAAAGCAGAAUAAUUGGGAAUAGUGCAAAUUGUCUGUAUUGGGGGGUUACAUUAAUUUUUGAAGUAGGUCGAAGUUUCAAAGUAGAGUGGGGCCAGCAGGGUCUUUCCAUUCAGAACUUUGUUUGCCACAGGAAAGGUAGGAGGAGGUUCAGACCACUGCAGCAGGGAGGAAAUCUCUGCCCCUUUGCCCUUAAUGUUUGAGUACUGUUAACAAAAUGAUAUAAAAUAUAAUAAUUUUGUUAUUCUUAAAGUUACUUUCCAAAAUUCUGCAUGGAUAUAUCAGUGGCUGGACCAUAUCAUGACUACACUGGCAUCAAAAUUAACAAUUUAAGCGCUAGCAGGAACUCCCGCUAUUUACGAAGAAUCAGUUUGGUGUCUAACUAAUAUCUACUCUGACGGACAAAUUUUUUAAAUAAAGAAUAUCAGUAUGGCACUGAAAAUUUUAUUAUGUUUUAUUUAUUGCUAAAGUUCAUUUAUUUGUUUAAUCCUUUGUUUUGUUAAAUGAAAGGAUUUAUAUCUUUAAGUUUUUGAAAACGUUUAAAGUACUUUCAAAUUAGAACUUUUAAAAAAUUAAAUGAAGACUUUAGAUAAAUUGAUAAGUGAAGUUUGCGAAAUGUUUCCCAUGAUAUAACUAUUUGCCCAAAGGCAUAAAAUUCUGAGCCUAAUUAAAUAAUUUCAUAUUAACACAAAAUCACUUCAAGUACCCGGUAUAAUAAUAUCAUGUUGUAGAUACAUGAAUAAGCUCUUUCACAUAAAUCAGACAGUAAAAGAAUGCUUUAAAGUAGCAGCAACUUAGUUUUGCUAGCUUAUUCACUAUAUACUGACUUGAAUAAUACUGAUAUAGUAGAGUAAGUAAAAUUGCACCUUGAUCAGCAGUGUUGUAAUUGACUCCUGGACCAGUGGAUUCUGCAAGACCAAGGUCUCAUGAGACACUUGUACCAAGUUAGACUGGCAAAAUCCACGAUCAUUGCAGAUCAGGAUAGUGUUUCAUCAACUUUUUUAUUGUAUACCACUCACUGUUGUGUUUUAUCAGCCACAGUUCAUUAUAAUUUUAUAUAGAUAAAACAGAAAAGUCGUUUCAAAAGGUGAUCUUUUUGAGGAACAGAAUGUUGAGACGCCAUCCUUAUAUCAUUUCUGAUGUACUAGUAUUUGACAUCACAACUAAAGCAAGAAGUCUCAUCAUUGAGUAUUUUUUCAUAUCCAAUAUGAGUUGAAUACAGCGUUUUAUAUUUGUUUGUAAAACUUGUGAAAUACAUGAUGUAUGUCAGAGGUAAAAAUUAGUAUGUAUAUUUUAUAAAUAAGCCGCACCAUGAGAAAACCAACAUAGUGCAUGUGCACCAGCAUGGAUCCAGACCAGCCUGCAUAUCCGCACAGUCUGGUCAGGAUCCAUGCUGUUCACUUUCAAAGCCUAUUGCAAUUAGAGAAAUCAUUCUCGAACAGCAUGGAUCCUGACGAGACUGUGCGGAUGUGCAGGCUGGUCUGGAUCCAUGCUGGUUGCAAAGCCACUAUGUUGGUUUUCUCAUGGUGCAGCUCAAAUGUAUCUAGAUGCUAUUUAUUUUGAUAGUUUUGAUAUCUGAAGGCAUCUCCUUUAAAUACAUGCUUGAUUAAUUUUAUACUUGAUACUUUCAGUGUAGAAUUAGAUUUUGGCACAGUCUGCAUACAGAAAUAAAACAAAUCUAUGUUAUAUAAGUCUGUUUAUUGAAUGUUUGACAGGCCUAAUUUAAGGAUAAAUGAUGUAAAAACAAUCAUUGUAGAUAUGUAUAUAUUUGACUGAAUGAAUUUCAUCUCCCCUUUCAAUUCACAACUGUACCUGCAUUGUAUAGUGAGAAAUUUUGAUAAUUUUUCAGUCAAACCUUGGGCAUAAAACUAUUAUGUUAGUCCUGAUGUCCUCUAGAAAGAAACCUUGCUAGCUCUUUAGUUUGAUAUGAAACCCUUGGUUGUCUUUUCAUCAGUUAAUAGAAACCCUUCUAACCUUGUAAUGCGACACCAAAAAUUUUUGUUGGUCUUCAUAUCUACUAAAAUGAGCUUUGUUAGCCCUUUAGUCUAACAUCAGAAACUUUUGUUAGACUUUUAAGCAGUUAAUAGGAACCUUGUUUACCCAUUAGUCUGACAUCAGAAACCUUUGUUAGUCUUUCUUUCUGUUAAAAGGAACUUUGUUUGCCAGUAAGUUUGACAUCAUUUGUUAGUCUUUUAGUCUGGCAUCAGAAACCUUGUUUUCUAUUUAGUGUCAGAAACCUUGUUUGUCAUUUAGUCUUGCAUCAUAAACUUUUUCUUAAUUCAAUCUGGCAUCAGAGACCUUGUUUUCUAUUUAGUCUGGCAUCAGAAAUCUUGUUUUCUAUUUAGUCUUGCAGCAGAAACCUAGUUUGCCUUUGAGUCUGGCAUCAGAAACUUUAUUUUCCACUUAAUUUAGCAUGAGAAAAUGUCUUUGUCAUUUAGAAAAAAAAACCUUGAUUGCCAUUUAGUCUGGCAGAAGGAACCUUGUAGUUAAGCUUUGUUAUCACUUUAAUCUUGUAACAGAAGUCUUAUUAACCCAACAAGUUUGGCAUUGGAAUAUUUUAUCCCUUUAGUCAAUGUUCAGAAUAUUUUCUUUCUGGAAUUACAGUUUCGCCUUUAGUCCAAUAUAAUUGGUAUAUUGGAAAUUUUGUCCUAUGUAUUGCAUAGAAAUUGUUUAAGGGAUUUAGUCUUAUACCAUAAACCUUGUUUACCUAAAGAUGUUAUAAGGUCCUUAUAACAGGUAAGUUGCCUUGAAGGCUUGCAUUACAAAACUUAUUUAUCCUUUAGUCUGGUAUUAAAAGCAUUCAGAAAUAUGUUGGGUAUCACACACCCUGAAUUGCCAAAUAUCUGAUGUCUCAAAUUUCCUUUUUCUGAAGUAUGGCUUGUGUUUUAACUAAAGGUUUUCUUCUUUUACCUUAUUGAACAGGGGUGGUGAAAUCUGAUUUUGACUUGCUUGUCCGUUUUUGUCAAUUGCUAUUUAGUACUUGUCUGUAUGAUAGUUAAAUAGUACAGUCUGGUCAAAUUUCACUUGUCCGUACAAGUUUUGGGACAAUCUGGGCAAUAAUGACAAUUGUAUUUUAAGUCUUGUCUUUUUAAGAUAAAGCAAAAACUUCUUUUGCCAAUUCUGACUUCUCAUCCAGUUUGCUCUAAAGUUAGGCAUUACAGCUUUAGUUUUGCAUUAUGAACCUUACUAACUUUUGUGUUAGCUUUCAUUAAGCCAUAAGGGUGACAGCAACAAUAUUAAGUGAUGAUUUUUUGUGUCAAAAUGUUGAAACAUUCAAGUUUAGGAGAAAUUUUCUUGUUUUUAAUCAGUCUUUAUUUUCACCUGAUGUUUUUUGUUCAAGCUUUAUGUGUUACUCGUGCUUUACAUAGAAUUUCAUAUUUUGCCUGUAAUAUAUGAUUUAAUUUAUUAUAUAGGAACAAUAAUUUGUAUGUGAUAUAGCUCUUAUGCAAUUUGUCACUUUUGGAAAGAUGAGAUAUAGAUACAUGUCCAACGUUAUAGAUAUGUGUUCAACAUUUAACAAUGUUAUAAGUGUUGCUAUGAAUGCCUGAAAUCAGUUACUUUAAAUGAUAACAGUAAUACAUUUUUGUACUUCUCAGAGCUUUUUAUUUUCAAGACUACAGGAAUUUGACCUGUCUGUAGAAUUUGAACAAUUCAGUGGCAUUUGCCUGUCUAAAUAUGUUACCGGUAAUAAUAUUGACUGCAUGUGUAAGACAAACUCCCCCACCCUCUUGUAGGUAGGCAAAUCCCCCUGUUGGUUUUGUUGAAUAAAAACUUUAAAAUUAAAUGAAAAUGAAUAGAAAGGAAGGUAUAACAAUCUUUAAGAUGACAGUUAUGGAAUGUAAACAGAAUGAAGUGGUAGUUUGGAUAAAACUAGAAAACAUUAAAGGGGUACUUUGUGGACAUAAAACAAAUUAAGCAGGAGGAUUUAACCAUCUAUGUCCCAUUGCAUCUAAACAUGACAUCUUCUUCGUUUUUGUUUUUUGACUGGUACCUAAAAAUUAAUGAAAUAUUAAUUAUCCAGUCAAAAAGAAGAUCUUUCUAGCCUGAUACUUUUUUGUUUGUUUGUUUUUGCUUUUUUCUCAACUUAUUUAGUUAUAUUUAUUAUAAAAUUGUUAGGCUGACUAACACAAAUAUGAGCUGCGCCAUGAGAAAACCAACAUAGUGGCUUUGCAACUAGCAUGGAUCCAGACCAGCCUGCGCAUCCUGACAGUCUGGUCAGGAUUCAUGCUGUUGCUAACAGUUUCUAUGAUUGCAGUAGGCUUUGAAAGUGACCAGCAUGGAUCCUGACCAGACAGUGUGGAUGCACUGGCUGGUCUGGAUCCAUGCUGGUCGCAAAAGCACUCUGUUGAUUUUCUCAUGGUGCGGCUCAAAUGUUUAUUUCACAGAUUUUAUGAGUGUUUAAUAUACUCUGUUAAGAUAUUUGAUAAUAUAAUAGUGUGACAGUUUCCAUUUGUUUAUGCUUGCAGGUUAAUAUAAUACCUGCACAAAAGUUUGGAUAGAGUGUUGUUCAGGAAUAAAUACAUGUAUAUUUAAAAGUAGAGACUUUCUUAGUGCAAUAUAGGGACCACAAUUAAGGUCCAAUGAAAUGUUGAGUAUCAUAUGAAGGUAUAGUUGUUUAAUUGUUCUAGUUCUGUUGCUUUAAUGUUAAGAAUCAUGAAAUGACUUUGUUACGAUUUUUUUGUAGUUAAAUUGUAUAUAAUAUUCUGUUUUAUAUUAUUUGCUCCUUGUAACUAUAAUAAACUUGCUUUAUAUAUUUA